CCGUGAAUCAAGCAUCAACUGCGUGGUUAUUGUUGAUUCGAUAGUUGAUUACGUUCGUAACAAUUGGUUACGAUUAACGCGAUGACGUCCGUCAAAACGUUGCCUUUGUUGGAAGGCGCGAAAUUAAUUGUCAUCGACGAAGGAGUAGAUGCAAUGUUUGCGAGAAAAUUAAUCGCAGGAUGGAUACAAAUGUGGAAAGAUAAAGAUCGCAGUCACACAUUCGACUUAUUAUUAUUUUCUGAUCCAAAGUCUUCGUUCCAACAUGAACCCGAACCUUUCAUGUCAAGUAACAUAAAUAUAUGCGACUAUUAUACAGUCGAUAUACACGCAAUCGACAUAAAUACUAUUCGCGAAAAGGACUUUGAUAUUCUGGAACAUAUUUUAAAAAUUACAAAAGUAAAGUCUACAGUAAUUAUAGACUGUUUAACGUCUUUAAUUUUAUUUGUUGGUCUGUCGAAAGCUUUAUGGUUCUUAGAGAAAUUAAGUAAACAAGUACCACAGUUAAUCUGCGUUUAUAGACGAAAUUUUGUGCAAAGUAAAAUACCAUGUAUUCAAACAUUAGGCACCACAUAUGUAAGAAUAGAAAAGUUCCCUGGUUCACGAACGAAUAACAGUUUUAAUUACAUGGUAGAGUUUGUACAUCGUAAAUUAGGUGGUACGAUUUUACGACAACGGGAGGCGGUAAAUCAAAAUAAUGUAUCUUAUGAAAUUCAGUCGGAAAAGAUCGAAAUGCACAGUAAAAAACCAGAUUCCUCAUUUGAAAGUCAUAAACAAACAAUCGAGUCUUCGUUCAGGAUAGAAAUAAACGAAAAUGAAAUGAAACAAAGAAAAGAAACAGUGUUACCAUAUACUCUUAAUGCAAAUGCAACAAAUGCAUCCAAAAUACAUUAUCAACCAGAGGAUAUAGACGAUAUCGACGAAGAAGAUCCAGACGAUGAUUUAUGUAUUUAAUUCGUUAAUAUAUUUAUAAUCCUUAAAGAAGUCACUGUAUAUAUACGAUGUAUCGACGAUAUUAAUAUUUUCAACAGUUAUUUAUUUUACAUUUAUCUUGCAUUUCAUACAAUUUCUCACAGGUCAUGUAGGAACAAUAUAUAUUAUUUCUUUACUGUAAUAAAAUCACAGAAUAAAAUCUUUCUUUGAAGAAUG